AUGGCUCCACCCACAGUUGCAGAGCUGGCACUCAUGAUUGACCAUUCCAUCAUUGAUCCAUUCCACACAGACAAGGACUUGGAAGAGGGCGUCGCUCUAGCCAAGAAGUAUGGCACGGGUCGAUUCGUAACUCAGCCAUUCCGAGUCAAAACAGCAAGACAGCUCCUAGAGGGUAGCAACAUCACCCUGCAAACCUUUGUCGGUUUCCACGGCGGUAAUGAUCAUACCGAGGUCAAGGUCCUGCAGGCACAGAGAGCUAUCGAGGAUGGUGCUCAAGAGCUUGAUAUGAUUAUCAACAUAUCAGCUCUCAUGAGCGGUGACAUUGAUUACGUCAAACAGGACGUGAAGGCAGUCGUAGACGUGGCAAAGCCGAGUGGUGUUCCAGUAAAAGCAAUAUUGGAGGUAUACUACCUCAACGACGAUCAAGUUCAAUCAGCAGCGUUGGCCGCAGAAUGGGCGGGGGUAUCCUUUAUAAAAACCUCUACAGGUUUGCGACCCGACACAAUCGACGAUAUCGCGCACAAGGUCGCGCUACUCCGAUCAAUUCUGAAACCAGAGACCGCUAUCAAAGCUUCUGGAGGCUGCUAUACUAUCGACGCAAUCUUGGCCUACUACAAGGCUGGCGCUAGGCGGUUCGGUGCAUCGGCAACGGCUAGCAUUUUGGAUGACUAUGCGAAGAUGUUGACGGACGGGACAACUGGUAUUGAAUAA